AGCUUGGAGACUCCCCCUCGUCCACCAACACCUGCGGACACGAUUGUCGAGGAGGCCGUCCAGAUACGCACAGCACGGUCGCGGUGGCGUGAAUGCGCGCGCGAUUACACGAACAUGUGCAACAGAAGGAUUGGGAGGGGACGGCGCGAUCAGGAAGCGGGCGGAGUGGAGCCUGGCCUGAUUACCGAGGAAGGGGUCCUGAGGUGGUGGACAGCUCCGUUCGUUCGAGGGCGCCAGUCAAACGGCGGACAUUGGGUCGAGAACACGGUCGAGGGGAACAGGGCCUCGGCGCCGGCCAAACCGCUUCUAUCUCGAGACUCCUCAUCAACGAUGGCCAGGGGGGUUGACGAAAUGACCAUGGGAGAAGGGGAGGAAGCAGGCUCUGGGAGAGUGUCUCAGCGGAGGAAGACCGCUUCGCUGUCGUUCGGAGCAAGGGUGGACCCGACGGCCGACAGGUGCCGACGGUCCGUCCCAAGGAUGUAUAAGCCUUCCAUGACGGAAUCCUAGCAGUAGCCAGCCAACUCUGCGCCCAUGAGAC